AUGAGUUGGUUAUUUAAAUCUUCAAGUGAGUGCGACCUAAUUCAAGUCUUAAGUAAAACUUGCUCUAUUUUAGGCAUUUUCGCUUACUUAAAUUAUAAUACCCCGGUUUCGAGAAAACGAAUUGCCGAAAUUUUGAUUAAUGGACUUCGUCGGCUCGAAUACCGAGGCUAUGAUUCAGCUGGGAUUGCCAUUGAUGAAUGCUGUCCUGACUGUCAAGGGGAUACGAACGGUGAAGAUGUGCCACCCUCGUCCAAUGUUCUGCUUAUUCGCCGUCCUGGAAAAGUGGAAGAAUUGAGCAAAGCAGUCACAUGUAUGGUUGGUCUUUUACUUGGUCCUAUUCUAAUUUUUGUAUUCACGAUUCUUUCUCAAAAAAAUGACGACCCCACCUUUAUGACCCACACUGGACUUGCUCAUACGCGUUGGGCCACACACGGUCAACCUAGCGAAGUGAAUGCCCAUCCACAGUCGUCGGAUAAGACCCACGCCUUCACUGUCGUGCACAAUGGCAUUAUAACCAACUUCAAAGACAUGCGAUCUCUUUUGGAACGCAAAGGAGUUGUGUUUGAGACAGACACAGACACCGAGGUCAUUCCGAAAUUGAUGCUGCACAUCUACGAGCUUAACAAGGGGAGUUCAAAACUCUCCUUCCAGCAAAUCGUCGAAUUGGUUGUCCGGGAAUUGAGCAAUCAUCCAGCAAUGCGGGAGAUAGCUUACGAAGUUGCAGUGCGGACUCAACGCCGCCGUUUCACAGAGGAAGAAGAAGACGAAAAAGAAGAAGUGGAAGAAUGCAUGCAGAAUCAUUGGCAUGCGAUUUAUGAUCUCUACGAGAGUAUUCUCUUUGAAAAUGACGAUGGUGGUGUAUGGAAUCAGGGAUUUGAUAUCACUUACUCGCAAACAGACUGGGAUAAACAUAACCUCGAGGUCGUUCUAUUACCUUAUUCUCAUCAAGAUCCCGGUUGGAAAAUGACUCCGAAAGAGUACUUUGACAAAUUCACGCACCAGAGCUUGGAUGCAACGGUGGAUUUUCUGGGAAAAAAUCCGUCUUUACGCUUCAUCUAUGCCGAAGUUGUCUAUCUUGAUAUGUGGUGGCAGAAUUUAUCACUGUCAGUGCGAACUCUUUUCACCAAACUUGUUCGCGAAGGUCAGUGGGAGGUUGCAACCGGUGGUUGGGUCAUGAACGAUGAAGCCACGACUCACUAUGCUGCAAUUAUUUCUCAACUUAUAGAAGGUCAGCACUGGCUACUAGAUAAUCUUGGCUUUCUGCCCAAUGUGAGCUGGGCCAUCGAUGCGUUUGGACACAGUACCAGUGAGGCCUAUCUUCUGCGCAAGAUCGGAAUCAAAAACAUCCUCAUUCACCGGGUGCACUAUGAGGUGAAGAGAGCCCUGGCCAAGAAACAGAGUCUGGAGUUCUAUUGGCGUCAACCUUGGGAUUCGACCGGUCACACGGAGGUGUUCACCCAUGUCAUGCCCUUCUACUCAUACGACAUACCGCACACCUGUGGCCCGGACCCCUCUAUUUGCUGUCAGUUUGAUUUCCUGCGAAUUAAGCUAGGUUGUCCUUGGGGAAAACCUCCCAUCGUCGUUUCGGAGUUGAACAUUCAGGAACGGGUGAAGGUUCUAGUGGAUCAAUAUCGGAAGAAGGCGAAGCUGUUUAACAACAACGGUGUCUUGCUUGUUCCCCUGGGGGACGACUUCCGCUAUUUGACUACUGAUGAAUGGAGCCUUCAGAUGUCCAAUUACCAACUGCUCAUUGACCACAUAAAUGCAGAGCCAUCUUAUAAAAUGCAUAUCCGAUUUGGUACGCUAUCGGAGUACUUCAAUCUUGUGCACUCUCGCAAGGAGUCGGAAGGAUUUCCCACUUUCCGAGGCGACUUUUUCACCUAUUCAGACCUCAACCGCGACUACUGGAGUGGUUAUUACACCAGCCGACCUUCACACAAGGCGAUGUCACGUUACUUGGAAGCUGAGCUGAGAACCGCAGAAAUCCUCUUUUCAUUUGCCCGUUCUUGGAAUGUUCCAAGAGGCAAGCCGGAAAAUGUAUUUCUUGAACUCUUCAAGGCCUUGACUUUGGCGCGAAGGAGUCUGGCUCUCUUCCAACACCACGACGGAAUCACUGGAACUUCCAAGUCCUACGUCAUGGCUGAUUUUCAUGAAAAACUCGAACAAGCACUUCUACACGCACAUGUCAUUUCCGCGACAAGUGCCGCCUUUCUUCUUGGCUUCGAAUCGACGGAGGUUAUCACGGCGAUCGAGAAGCAGGUAUCGGAAGGAGGACAGCCAGUUAUGCUCUCCGCCAAUCGACACUGGGGCGCCGAAUCCACUUCCAAGCUGUUUAACAUAAGCUUUGAUAACUUCGAUGUCGAAAAGACAUUUUUCAUCUUCAACCAACUGUCACGCACUCGUGACCAAAUCUUUGUGGUGAACGUCGACUUAACAAAGCUUUUGCGAGUGGCUAAGCAGCAGAGCACCACGCAACCACAGGUCCUCUCCCUUCUUGUGUGCCUCGACGAUGGGACUGCCCUUCCGCCCGUCCAACUUGAGCCCUCGUCCCUCCACAUGUCUGGCGACUCCGCCUUCCUUUUUCGCCUCAGUGCCGGUCCUAUUCGACUCACGCCUCUUCAGAUCGUCAAGGUCACCGUGAAAGCGUCCACAAAGGCCUCGACAACUCCCGCCAUUCUCCUCACUAAGCCAACGCUUUAUAACAUCGUGGGAGUGCCACCCUCAGCAGCAUUAUUUUAUGCACAAAGAGAUGUCGAAUCAAUGGCGCCAAAACUUGAAUCUGACUUUCUGGAGCUCAAAUUCAACGCGGAGACUGGCCUCAGCCAGGUUCUCCGUAACAAGAAGACCGGCUAUUCCCAUCGAAUUGAUAUCGGUUUUGAGCUUGUUCAGACUGCAGCCGCUCUUGGAAAAUCGGGUGCUUACCUUGGCUCUAAUCAAAAUUCUCCAGUGCCUCUUGCCCAAUCUGGCUCUGCGCAGAUGCGUCUCCUUCGUGGGGCUGUUACGGAGGAGCUAACGACCUAUUAUUCCCAGCUUGAGCAUACUAUUCGUCUUUACAGAACAGGCACACCCAGUCAACUUGCAAUGGAAAUCGAAAAUCUUGUUGAUCUGACCAAGGGCCAUGAGAACAUGGAACUGGUAAUGACGAUAAAAACUGAUAUUCAAAACACGGAUCGUCACUUCUUUACUGACUCUAAUUGUCUGCAGAUGACCCGGAGGAAGUAUCACCCGAAGAUCCCCGCAAGUGGCAAUAUUUACCCCAUGACAUGCGCUCUCUACAUCGAGGACAGUGAGCAUCGGGUGAGCCUGCUUUCGGCUCAGUCGCUCGGCGUGACGGCGGGUGAGCGGCCGGGCGAGAUGAGGGUCUGGUUGGAGCGCAAGAUGAUGUACGACGAUUGGCGCGGAAUGGAGGAAGCCAUGGAGGACGCCAAGCCUAGUCGUUCUCUCUUCCGAGUCAUUGUGGAAGAUAUAGUAAAGCACCAAGCUGAUCCCGACGCUUCAGUGCCAAACCUCACUGGCGAAGCGCACUACGUUCUCAGUGAUCUGAACAACCCAGCCGCUCAAUUUUUGGCCAAUUUCGAUCCCAAACACUUUGCUGCCGAUCGUCAACUCAUGUCUCCACUGAGUCUCCAUUGCGAUUACGAUCUGGUCACAAUGAAGGCCUUUUUCAGUCAAUCCGAACGUUACAAAGGUAUGCGUUUAAUCCAGGAUCACACGGCUCUGUAUUUGGAAUUUUUUAUGAUGAUACCAAUAAAUGCUGUUCUUGUGCUCUUUCUUUCAGGCCUGAGUCACGCAUCAGGAAGCCAAGUUGGCCUGGUGCUCCAUCGAUCCUUGCAUGCUUGUGGUACAACUCAUCUCUGCGAGGAGGCCUGCGAAUGUUCAGGCUCGUUGCAGAUAAACAUCAAAGAGAUCUUCCCCAACACAGUGUUUGAUUCAGCACUCAAGACCCCGCUGAACCUCAUUCCAGAAAGGACUGCCGUGAUAUCUGACGCCCUUACGGAAAUCUCGGUCCCCCCCAUGGAAUUGGAUGCCUUUCUUCUCAUAUCCCGUGGCAAUGCGGAUGACUCCGGUAAAAAGCUGCAAUAA